CUCAGUGUCCCUCAGGUCACUUUCCAGUGUGUCACAUCCUUCUGCACAAGGGAGAGCAGGAAAUGGCAAACUCCCAGUAUGAGGCAAAGCAUUCCCAUCACAGCAAUUGGUCCACAGGAGCUAUAAAUUGCUGUCCUCCAGAAACAGACGAAAAUUUGUCUUUGGGGAGGUCGGCUGGAAACUAAAGGGGCCAUGGAGAGAAACAGCGCUGCCUUUCCCCAAACACGAGACCCCACACGCCACUUCCACACAGUGCUGCUGGAUCAGAGACAGAGGCUUCAUGGCCAAAUUGCACAUCUUCAUGAAGUGGCUCAGAAAAUCAACAAGCUCCGCAAAAGGUCUCUAAUUGCCAACAUCAGUGGGAGCUCCUUAACAGCUGCAGGAGCAGUCACAGCCAUUGUGGGACUGUCCCUGAGCCCAGCCACACUGGGAGUCUCUCUCCUGGCAUCAGCUGUGGGUCUGGGUCUAGCCACUGCCGGGGGGGCUGUCAGCAUCACCACUGAUCUCUCCUUAGUGCUCUGCAACUCCCGGGAGGUGAGGAAGGUGCAGGAAAUUGCAAUGACUUGUCGGAAACAGAUGAGGGAAAUCCUCGGCUGCCUGGAAUUCCUCCGCCGGGGGCAGGGCCCAGGGGACCCCACGCUGCUCCAGUCAGAGAAGAGGGCCUCCAUCUCACUGUACAACUCCGUCUGCUUCAUGGUGUUUUAUGGCUCCCACAGCUUCCUUGUGCCAGAAUACACAAAGGAAGUCACAAAAGUGAGCCAGGCUGUGCUGAAGGCCAAAAUCCAGAAGCUGGCUGCUAACCUCGAGACCUGCACUAAGGCAAUGGAUGAACUCUGUGAACUCCUUGAGUCCAGGACAGAGCUUUCCUCACACAGAGAAAAUCUCAGUUUGGGCCCUAAAGACACUGCUGAGACCCCAGGACCAUCCAGCUGAAACAGUGCUUGCCCCCAUGAUUAGAACUGAGCUUGGAGACACAACGUUAUCAAUUGUCACUGUUACCAUUAGCACUGCUACCUGCUGUUAUAAUAUUGGUGGUGCUCAUCCACACAGGUGCCCACAUCUCUAAUGUGUCUUAUUUAUAUCUAAACACAAACGUCUCCCUGCCAGGAAGCCAAAGAUUCCCCCCUUUUCAGCACCCACCCAGCUGAGGCUGGAGCUUACCAUGGACAUCUGGCCCAGCGGGUACAUGGCAGCAGACUCCAGAGCCUGCAGGUCAGGCAGGCAGGGUUAGGCAGGUGUUCCUCAGACCCACAUUCCCCUGGCCAUCUUCCUGGUCCUGCUUCCCCAUGGUAGCAGAAAGAAGUGGGUCAGGAGACUGCUGAAAACCCUGCAUCCCUGAUGCUGAUCCUGGAUUGUAAAUAAUCUAUGAGAUGCUGAACAGUGAAGGGGAUGGGAUACCCUCAACGAGCCAGCAGCUGCCAAUUUCCAGUAAAAUACAGUUGUGUUAUGAAGGUACAUCUGGAAAAGCUAUUGAAUGAAGCAGCUCCAGAAAUUACAGACUGUAUUGGCAGAUGGCUCAUCAUCCAAGGGUGAAACAGAGGAGCCAGAAAGUAUUAUCCCUUCUAAAGAAACCUUUCCAGGCUGAGAAUCGUAAUGUUUGUAUUCUAUUUAUUUACAUAACAUUAUUUUAAGGCUUUGACAUUGUUUUUUUAAAGAUUUUUUUCUUUUUAAAAGGAGGCCUUCACUCCAAAAGGAAGCAGCUGUUCUUAGGGGCAAAGCAAGUCUGUAGCAUGUGAGAGCAAGUUACCCAUUCUUUGGCUGUGAGGGACAGCAAGGCCCUAUGGGAAGGGGAAAGCAUGGCCAGAAUGCUGAAAGUUAUAAAAUAUGUGACCUAUGGUCACCAGUGACUGCUCUUAGGAACCAAAAUAGGGAGAAGGAAGGGUCAGAGACCCUGGGACCAUGACCUGCCUCAGGGUACUGGUGGAAGAAAGUAACUGUACCUCAUUCAGCAGGGAGGGGAGUGUAGGUCAGUGUUACCAGUCUGAGCUGGAGCCCAACUGUGAGGGGAACAGGUGUGAGAGGUGGUAGUGGGGUGCUCUCCGUGCAGUUGAACAGCCUGUGAAACCCUCAGUGGUUUGUCUGGGAGGGAGGGAAGGAGGAGGCAGCACUCACAGAGAGCUACACAUACUUCUAGGAAUGCUCCCUGGGGAAGGCUUCACAUCAGCAAUAUAUACUGGUACUAAUAAUCAAGAGGGGUGCAGAGGGGUAGGAUGAUUCAAUGUUCAGAGCAUUUACAAAGCAGGAGGGAGGACUGGGACCCAGUUUCAAGUGACUGAUCUGCCAAAGAUGUCCUCUGUGACUUUGGGAAAGUCACUCAACCCCUCAAUGCCUCAGUUUCCUGUUUAAAAAUGGGGACAGUAGCACUUCCCUACCUCACAAGGAUGUUUCUAGGACAAAUAUUACAGAGUGCUCAAGUACUGUGAUGAUAGGGAUCAUGUCAGUACCUGAAAGAGGUUCAGGGAAGAGACCUUGGAAGCUAGCUUGAGACAACCAAAGGAGUUAAUGAAGGAAUAAUUCCACCUCCACAAGGAGACCCUAGUGGAUAAGGGAAACUUCCCUGCACAUUCAUGUACGAAAAUGAUCAGAAAAUCAUUUUGUAAUUCUGUAGCACUGAACAAACUCUUGGGAAGGGCAACACUCCUUCUUGCGAAGCUUGAAUCCUCACCCUUUUUUAUCCUCCUCUCAUGAUCUCAACAUUUGUUUUCACAUGUAAGAAGAAAGAAAAACUUUGGUCUUUCAGAGUGUGACUCAGACAUCUGUAAUGUCCACGCCUGUUUGCUGUAAAUGAACAAGUAUACUGCUGAUUCGAUUAAAUGAACAU